CUGGGAAGCAAACCCGUUAGAGAGAAAAAAAGUCGCAAGAAAAUAAGAGAGGAUCAGCGAGCAUCUGGAGCGAAAACCCCCCCAACAUCAGAAGAAUAACAACUACACAAAAAAAAAAAAAAGUACUUCCUCAAAUGAUCCCACACCUACUACCUCUACUUCUGAUCGCGCUCUGCCAGGCCGGUGCGGCCCAAGACCUAACCAUCUUCUCGCCACCUACCUCGUCCAAGUACAAAUACCACGGCUGCUACAACGAAACGACGGGCCUUCCGGGCACCUCGGGGUCCCAGCGCGCCAUCGACGGCAAGCACAAGACGUCACCGGGGUCCAUGACGGUGCAGUCGUGUCUCGACUUUUGCGGCUCGGAUGAAACCGUGUACAAGUUUGCCGGCAUUGAGUUUUCACGAGAGUGCUGGUGCGGAAACAUCCUAUCUGGUCUCUCCGUCAAGGUUGACGACGACCAGUGCAACACGGCUUGUGAUGGCGACGCCAACAUCGCCUGUGGUGGGCCGUUGAAGCUUUCUGUCUACAUUUCGGGCGCUCAAAAAGUAGCAGUUGAUCCAGCAAAGUUCAUCGUCGGAAUCAUGACUGUGGCGGUCGGUAUAAUCAGCAUGUCAUGAGAUCAAAGCAUUAUUAUAAAUCAGGUGGUUCUAAUCCAAGAAAACGACCUGCUACUACUUGUCGUGACAUCGUAACAUAUUGUUCAUAGUGAUAUCUGGUGAUACAUUCCUCGGGGGGGGAGUCUUUCACACUCCC